UUCUGCGAUACUCCCCACGAAGUAUGCACGGAUUCACAGCAAAGACGACCACGACGAACAACUAGCUGGAGCUUGACGAGGGCUAGAAGAGCUCCACACAGCGGCGCCGAUCAUUCUUGUCAAUCCAGGGAGCUGCGCGCUGCGAUUGCAUUCUCGGCGCUCGCGCCGCCGCAAUCGAUCGAGCAAGAAUCGUCGUCUCCCUCCCUAUCGGUGCGGGUAAGCGGCUCAAUCCAUAUCCAGGGUCCCGUUUCCAGGCGAGAGAGCGGUGGAAUUCGCGCGCCCAGGGAUUUAUUUCUUCGCGAGGUGAGAGAGAGCGAGGAAGAGAGAGAGAGAGAGAAGAGAAGAAAGAUUUCUUUGGCCGGGAGGAUUGAAGAGAGGGGGAAAUUGGAGCAGUUUUCCGGAUAAGGAUCUCACAGGAGUUCGUUCUCUCGCUCGUCACAUUUAAGGCAGCUCGACAAGCGCUGGCUGGGAAUUUCCGCAAAGGACAAGCAUAGUUAGUUCGAGUUCUUCGUCGGCCGAGGUAGAAGCAAGCGAGGCUAUGGAUUAGAAACGAAUGAAGCUGGGAAGAAUUGGAGCAGCCAGGAGGAUUUUUUGGAGGAGAAGAACAGGCAGUAGCAGCAGUGGUGGUAUCAGCAGCGGUGGUGUUGGUGGUAUCGUCAUCGGCGGCGGCAGUGCUAGUAGGACGACGACUUUGCGGUGGUCACAACAGCAUGCAGUGUAGAAUUCGCGAGAGAUAUCAAUCGGGUGAUGCCCCUGAGCAGCGAGGAAGCCCUCCAGAUCGUGACUUUGGUGCUGCUGGUUUGUCUCUCCGGAUUGGGGGUUGCAUGUAUAGUCUACGUAUUCAGCUUUCGACGCAAGAUCAUCCAUGGUCGAGGCUUCAACGUUCGUCAUCUCCGGGAGUUCAACUCCCCGUGGCUGCUGAGAGUUUUGCUGAGCAGCCUGGGAGCACUGUGGCUGCUGCUGGAGCUACUGAGACUCCCGAUUCUCCGGAACCGAGGCUGGGCUUUCCAUGGCCUCGAUUUUCAAGAACAAGCCAACGUCUGCCGGAGCUACGUGCUUUUGACGCUGGGAUUUGCAGAGCCGGGCUUCUUCCUAGCAGCGCUCUUCCUGAUCCGCCAGUCGCUCCGCAGUGAUCCAUUCAGCUUCAUGGGGCGACGAAGGUGGCGGCACCGCUCCGUGGUCUUCAUCGCUCUCCUCGCUUUGCCAGCGGUCCUGGUCCAGCUCUUCCUGGUGUUCAUCGUCCCGGCGAUCGAGUACUCGAGCUUUUCAAGUUUUGCGGAGCAGGACGAAGGAUUCCGAGGCGCCAUUCCAAAGUCGUUCACCAUGGCGUUCGUGAACGAGACGAGAACAAGGACUACAAGCAGCAGCGGCGGCGAUGGUGGCGGUUCCACGACGACGAUCACGGCGACGAGAUUCGUGGCGGCUUGCCGGGUUCCACUCCUCAGCACGGUGGCGACGAGCAUCUUCAGCGUGUGCUACGUCGCGUAUUUCUUGUUCCUGGGCUGGAAGAUGGUGCUGCUCGUCAUCAACAGGAGGCUCCAGAUCCGUGUCUAUGGCCUCCUGACGGUGGUGAUGGUGCUCGUCCCUCUCCACGUCCUGCUGCUCGGCCUCUCGUCCUCGGCGCUGGCGGAGCACCGGAGUGGCAAGCACGAAGUGGUGGCGUUCUUGCGGUUCCUGGUCACGGCCUGCUGCGUGAGCGUGGGCGAGUGGAUGCUGGUGGUCCGGCCGAUCAAAGACGCCAUCGGCGUGCUCGAGGCGGCGCUGCGGCGGGGCGGAUCGAUGAAGGUGGUCGGGCGGCUCAAUUCGUGGGGGGCGAUCCCGGUGGAUCAGCUCUCGCUCAGCGUGGACGAGGACAAUCGAUCGCUCAUCACGGAGAUCUCGGUGGAGCUUACGCCGCUGGCGGGGAUGGCGGGGGCGGCGGUGGCGCCGCCGAAGAACGAAGACGACGAAGACGAAGAAGCAGCAAGCUAGCGAAUUGCCUGCUUUUUUCAAACCCAGCAAAAGAUGCGGGAGCAUAUUCUGUCCAAUAAGAUUCCAAAAUAUUCGUGUUA